UUUUACGGACUAUUCAUUAUUUUAUUCUAUCUUAUCAUCCAUCCAUCCAUCCACCUUCUUCCGCUUAAUCCGGAACCGGGGCGCGGGGGCAGCAGCUUGAGCAGCUUGGAUCAUCAUCCAUUUGGUUAAAAAACACUAUUUUAAAAGACUUUUUAAGCGUAUUUUAGGAAAGACGAACGUAGGUUCCAAUAAGCUGUAAAGAGGGACGAAUCAUCUUGUGAUCAACUCUUUCGUCUUUAGCAACACAUGCUAAAGUCUAACUUGUGAACAUUUGCGUGGAUGUGGACCAUCUGAACGGCCAUGUACUGACAGCUGUCAAGUUUGUGCUCUGUUAGUAUUUACGUACAGGUAUCAGUAAGCUUCGCAUUUCGCCUAAACGAGGAAUGCACUGCGCAUGUCAGCGCUGAAAGAAGUUUUGAAUGUAACGCAAACAGUCAGCACCGAUAUGACGUCACCCUGCUUAACCACUCACAGACUGCACUGGAUAACUGUAUGCACCAGUAAGCAGGUUUUAAACUGUCAGAUGCAGUAGAAGUAUAAGGAGACGCCUUUCAUCCAGAAACAUCAUGGCCUCAAGUUCUCUGGGUAGAAGACUGGUGGCUUGUCUUCUCAAUGUCUCCGAGGCUCACAGGAAAGACCUGGUGGAGACUGUGGCCAAGGCUGCCUUAUACGACACUGAAGGGGUUAGACGAGAGGGGACCACAGUGCUGAACAUCUUCAACGACCUUGACUACAACCGUUCUGUCAUCACUGUUGUGGCCGGCAUCGACUGCAUCAGAGAGGCGGUUCUGUCUGCAUGCGAGAAAGCCUGCAGGCUGAUCGACAUGCGCGCUCACGUGGGCGUCCACCCGUGUUUGGGUGCCGUCGACCUCGUGCCCAUCUACCCGCUGGGGGAGGAGGUGAGAGUGGAGGACUGUGCUGAAGAGGCUCGGGCUGUGGCUCAGGGGCUUACAGAGCGAGUCCCGGGCACCAGCGCCUUCCUGUUUGGCUGGGCAGACUCCCCCCUCGAGCGGGGGCUGGCACAGAGGAGGAAGGAGAUGGGCUGGUUCAAGAAGACGCCUGACUUGGAGGCGAUCAGGCCCGACAUCGGACUGCAGCCACAGAAACGCUUCGGCCUCACAGGUGUUGGGGCCAGUCCAUACGUCAUGAACUGCAACGUCACUAUCGACACCCAGGACAUCGCACUGGGGCGGAGCAUCGCCACAGCCAUCAGGGAGUCGACCACGGGGGGCCUGCCUGGGGUGCAGGUGCUGGCUUUGCCACAUGAGGGCACUGUGGAAAUCGCCUGUAAUGUGGAAAGCGUGAAGGGGAGCCCACCUAGUCACAUGACUGCAGGUGAAGCGUGGCCGUCUUUCAGCAUCAGCGGCCAGCCGUACUGUCACGCUCCAGCUUCCCUCAUCACUGCAAGGGUCGCAGAGCUGGCAGGGAGGCAGGGGGUCUGCACGAAGGGCACCGCACUGGUGGGGUUCACCCCCCGUGAGUGCAGGGGCUUGGCUGAGCUAGCACUGACUCAAGGGAUCGCUGAGUUCUGGAAGGAGCAGCACAGGAUCCGUAUGUGAAGAUGAAUCCCUGCCAAAACCAGUGGAGCCUCAAGCGAGAGUUCAUCAUCUUUGUUCCAUGUCACUUUAAUUACCAUGAGAAUUUGUAAAGCCCAACUCCCUUCGGUUACACAUGACGAAGUAUUGAAAUCCUCUUCUGAAGUGAAAGUACUGACAUAUUGUGAAAAUACUGCACUACAAGUCCUGCAUUCAAAACCUUUGCUUUAAUCAGCAAAAACAAAAGUAAAAGUAUUCACUGUGCAGUAAAAUUUACCCUGUCAGUGUUUAUUUUCUAUAUCAUAUGUUUGUUGUCCUUUUAUUCCGGUGCUCCAUAGGGACUAAUGUAACCUGCGUUCACACACAAUAAUGCAGUGAGCUAAUAAUAUUCUCUUUGGCUCUCUUUACACUUUAACUGUUUUAUUUUUGGAUUCGGAAAGUCAAACAAACCAAAAAUAAAUGAAUAAAUAAAA